AUGCACGAGAACACAGUGACAUUUGAUGGGAAAAUGCUGGUCACCGGCUACAAUGUUACCCAGACUGAUCUCAGUUCUGUGGGAGGCCCCAAGAAUGGCUGGAUUACUGACUCGCUCUUCUAUGAGAUCGAAGUCAAGACCAACGAGAUACUUUUCCGCUGGAGUGCCCUGGACCAUAUUGACCAGAUCCCCUUGGAUCACGUACAGCCCUUCUACCCUGUCAAAGACUGGGGACACAACAAUGGAACGUACAUCAUUUCUUCUCGUUACUACUGUUCGCUGUUUAAGAUCGCGAAGGAUGGAUCGGUUGACUGGACACUUCAGGGUCAAGCUGGCGGCGACUUUGAACUUAAUGGAAUCAGCUAUCAACACAACGCCCGCAUCCACGACGAGGCCGAAGAUGGAUUCAUGCCUAGCAUUUUUAACAAUGCCAACUCUGAUGUCCAGAACGGGACUGAUCACACUGAAGGAAUAUUGAUGAGCGUUAGUCUAGCUACUCGUGAGGUCUCACUUGUCCAAGAUCUCCACGAUCAACGGGAUGAGAUCUUUUCGAAUUCUCAAGGAAACACACAAUUCCUGCCUGGAAACCACGUCUUGAUGGGCUACGGGUCAAAUCCUAAGAUCAAGGAGUACACUGGUCUUGUGUCAUGA